CAAGGCCUGCAGUUCCGUGAACGCCGUUUUGAAACUACCUGCAGCAGAUACAGCAUAUUGAACAGUUUCUACGCGUUAACGAGCUGUGGCUGCGCUCACGCAAGAUGUGCAGUGGCAAGCAAACGCUGGUGGACGGGAAGUGUGUUCAGGCGGAUAAUUUUUCACGUAAAUGAGUGGUUCGUGUGUUUGUAAACUGCAGCAGGCAUCAUGCCUGGGCAAAGACAAAUAUCGGCGUUCUUUAAGCCUCUGGCAACGCCACCCAAGCAACCCAAGCGUCUGCUUUCCACCGAAGAUGCGGUACGUCACGAGCAACCAAUAAAAAAACUCAGAUCCGAAGGUAGUCCUGAGAACAAGACAGUUUGCCUUGCCAUUGACAUAGAAAAGAAGCGGCUUAUGGCCAAAGUCAAGCUCCAGUCUCGUGCGACUCCUAUUGUUCCGGCUGACAUAGGUUUAUCUUGGUUUGGCGCCCUUGAGCAAGAAUUCACGAAAGAAUAUUUUGUUAAGCUCAAUAGUUUCGUGCAAGAAGAGCGAAGAAAAUUUACUGUCUACCCUUCACAUGAAAAUGUCUUCAGCUGGACAAAGUCUUGUGAGGUGAACAAGUCAGCCCCACAACAUCCUCUACUCCGAUCUCCAAUGAUAUCAUCCACGUCGCCAGGCUCAAGCCCGACAACUCUCUGCUUGCCACAGAUAUCUAGCGGCACCAGGACGGCGCUUUUGCCACCGGGGGUUUUGUUUCGUUACAAUGGGCGUUUGAGACAUGGUGUAAAGGAAGACGAAGACGGGCAUCUGGGCUUGGCACGAACUGGUUACCAUCUUGGUCUCUGGCUGUGCUGCUCUUGUAAAUACAGUGUGAGAGUUGUCAUCCUUGGACAAGACCCUUACCACAACCCAGGCCAAGCUCAUGGCCUUGCAUUCAGUGUACCCAAAGGUGUCGCCAUUCCUAUGAGCCUUCUGAACAUGUACAAGGAGCUAGCGAAUGAUAUUCCUGGCUUUCAGCAGCCUUCACAUGGCAACUUAACUGGAUGGGCACAGCAAGGUGUGCUGCUGCUCAAUGCUUGUCUGACAGUACGUAUGAACACGCCAAACUCGCACAAGGAUCGAGGCUGGGAAAAUCUCACUGAUGCUGUUAUUCGUCACCUCAACAAGCAGUGCAGCAACCUGGUUUUCUUACUCUGGGGUGCCUAUGCUCAGAAGAAAGGUUCCAUCAUUGAUCGGAAGAAACACCAGGUUCUUCAGUGUGCUCAUCCAUCACCACUGUCAGCUUCACGAGGCUUUUUUGGCUGCUGCCACUUUUCUAAGGCCAAUGAAUACCUGACAAAGCACCACAAGCAACCAAUUGACUGGAGCUGUUUGCCUUGACUUGUACUGAGUGAUUCUUGCCAUGGAAGAACUCGAGGAUGAAAAUUUCCAUUUCUGUGAUACAAGCAUUAACCAUCUUUUCAUUUAUAUUCUGUUCACUAGUGCAAGAAACUGUGUCAUUUGCAUCUUCGAGCUUGUUUACAUGCAUUAUUGCCCAGAGAAACAAAUCCAUCACGAAAAUGUUCUGUCUACAGUGUGAGAAGUGCCAAAGAUAAGUACCUGUGCAUUAUUUCCAAGUGUGGCGACAGCUCUUUGCACAGCAAUGUUUUUUUUUUAAAUGUGCCUUGCGCAAAAAUGUCAUUUUACUGGUGCUUUGUUCUUGAAAAUUCUUAUCCUUUCUUACAUGCCUGGUCGGCCACCAUAUAUCACAGAAAUCUUUCGAUUAUUUCACUUAAUUUUCUUAUUGCAUGUGUAGCCAUUCAAAACCAGUUUUACAAUGCAACUUGAAGAGUAGCAUUUUUUAUCAAGUUAAUGUAGCCUGUUCAUUUGUGCUGCAAAAACAUUAAUGCUCAAUAAAAGCUUUAAAUAAUGA